GGACGGGAGGCGGAGCUAAGUCGGGUUCCGUGUGUCUGUGUCAAUGUGUCUGUCCUUCACUCCUCCAUUGUCUGCCUCAGCCGCCGCCACUUCCACUGCUGCUGCAGGAUCCGCCGCAGCUACCGGUCUCGCGCGUCGUCGCUCCCUCCUUGGACAGUAAUUUUAUGAAUAAGCAUCAGAAGCCAGUACUAACAGGCCAGCGGUUCAAAACCCGGAAAAGGGAUGAAAAAGAGAAAUUCGAACCCACAGUCUUCAGGGAUACACUUGUCCAGGGUCUUAACGAGGCUGGUGACGACCUCGAAGCUGUAGCCAAAUUUUUGGAUUCUACUGGCUCACGGUUAGAUUAUCGCCGCUAUGCAGACACACUCUUUGACAUCCUGGUGGCUGGCAGCAUGCUUGCCCCUGGAGGAACACGCAUAGACGAUGGUGACAAGACCAAGAUGACCAACCACUGUGUGUUCUCCGCCAGCGAAGAUCAUGAAACCAUCCGAAACUAUGCUCAGGUCUUCAAUAAACUCAUCAGGAGAUACAAAUAUUUGGAAAAAGCAUUUGAAGAUGAAAUGAAAAAGCUUCUCCUCUUCCUUAAAGCGUUUUCUGAAGCAGAGCAGACAAAGUUGGCGAUGCUGUCCGGGAUCCUGCUGGGCAAUGGAACCCUCCCGGCAGCCAUCCUCACCAGUCUCUUCACUGACAGCUUAGUCAAAGAAGGCAUUGCGGCCUCAUUCGCCGUCAAGCUUUUCAAAGCCUGGAUGGCAGAGAAGGACGCCAAUUCUGUUACCUCUUCCUUGCGGAAAGCCAACUUGGACAAGCGGCUGCUUGAACUCUUCCCGGUGAACAGACAGAGUGUGGACCAUUUUGCUAAAUACUUCACUGAUGCGGGGCUGAAGGAGCUGUCGGACUUUCUCCGCGUCCAGCAGUCACUGGGCACCAGGAAGGAGCUGCAGAAGGAGCUGCAAGAGCGACUGUCGCAGGAAUGUCCCAUCAAGGAGGUGGUGCUUUAUGUCAAAGAGGAGAUGAAAAGGAAUGAUCUUCCGGAAACAGCCGUGAUCGGGCUUCUGUGGACCUGCAUCAUGAAUGCUGUGGAAUGGAACAAGAAGGAGGAGCUCGUGGCGGAGCAAGCUCUUAAGCACCUAAAGCAAUACGCUCCCCUGCUGGCUGUGUUCAGUUCUCAAGGCCAGUCGGAGCUCGUCCUGCUGCAGAAGGUUCAGGAGUACUGCUAUGAUAACAUCCACUUCAUGAAGGCCUUCCAGAAGAUCGUGGUUCUCUUCUACAAAGCCGACGUUCUGAGCGAAGAAGCGAUCCUGAAGUGGUAUAAAGAAGCACACGCCGCCAAAGGCAAGAGUGUCUUUCUCGACCAGAUGAAAAAAUUCGUGGAGUGGCUCCAAAACGCAGAAGAAGAAUCCGAAUCAGAAGGUGAAGAAAACUAAAUGUCUCAAGCACACUGCCUAACGCCACACUUUGCGGACGGGAUUGCUGAAGCGUUGGGGGAGGGAAACUCGGCUUCUGUUUUAUUUAUCAAGGACAUAAAUGAUGGGCAGCGAAGCCUCCCUGCUCAGAGGGGAAGGGGUUUUCAUUUCUGUUUUGUUUAAACGGAGCCCUGAGGCAUCAGCUAAGACACUUGGGACUCUACCUCUCGCUGUAUGCUAAUUAAAGCCAUUCACCAAGGGGUCAGGUAGGAACCUGAAGCUUAAUACUCAUUUGACCCCUUUUUUAGCUGUAUUUUCAGGUACCGUGUGAAUGCCCCACUGCUGUCUGUAUCACAGGGCCAUAUCAAUAGUUGUGUUUCUUCCGCUCGUGGAUGGGAUUUGACAAACCAGUUUUUUAAAUAAAUGGCUUUUUAAAAAUC